GACUUCUGGCCCGCCCUCACACAAAGUCGAGCCGGCCGCGGGAGGUAGUCCAGUCCGAGGUGGCUCCUGCGUCCCGUGUGUCGGUCCCCAGACCCUGAGAGGAUCUCAGUUCUUUGAAACGGAGGAACAUGAUAAGGCGUUGGCUGAUUAUUUUUAUCCUUUCUCUCCUGAAGCUCAUAGGGAAAUGUGAGUCAACAGUCAGCCUCACUGUUCCUCCCACUGUGAAGUUGGAAAAUGGAAGCUCAGCCAACGUCAGCAUUAUCCUUCAGCCUCCGUUAAAUGCCACCUUGGUGAUCACUUUUGAAAUCACAUUUCGUUCAAAAAAUAUUACUAUCCUUGAGCUCCCCGAUGAAGUUGUAGUGCCUCCUGGAGUGACACAUUCCUCUUUUCAAGUGACAUCUCAAAAUGUUGGACAAGUUACUGUUUUUCUGCAUGGGAAUCAUUCCAACCAGACCGGACCAAGGAUACGCUUCUUGGUGAUCCAUAGUAAUGUCGUUAGCAUCGUAGACCAGGUGAUUGGCUGGAUCUACUUUGUGGCCUGGUCCAUCUCCUUCUACCCUCAGGUGAUCACGAACUGGAGGCGGAAAAGUGUCGUUGGUCUGAGCUUUGACUUCGUGUCCCUAAACCUGACAGGCUUCGUGGCCUAUAGUGUGUUCAACAUUGGCCUCCUCUGGGUGCCAUACUUCAAGGAGCAGUUUUUCCUCAAAUAUCCUAAUGGAGUGAACCCUGUGGAUGCUAAUGACGUCUUCUUCAGCCUGCACGCAGUCACCCUCACCCUGGUUGUCCUGGUGCAGUGCUGCCUGUACGAGCGAGGCAACCAGCGCGUGUCCUGGCCUGCCAUUGGCUUCCUGGUGCUCUCGUGGCUCUUUGCGCUCAUCACCAUGAUUCUGGCUGCAGUUGGGGCAACCACCUGGCUGCAGUUCCUCUUCUGCUUCUCCUACAUCAAGCUUGCAGUGACGCUGGUCAAGUAUUUUCCACAGGCCUACAUGAACUUUCACUACAAAAGCACAGAGGGCUGGAGCAUUGGCAACGUGCUUCUGGACUUCACUGGGGGCAGCUUCAGCCUCCUCCAGAUGUUCCUCCAGUCCUACAACAACGACCAGUGGACACUGAUCUUUGGAGACCCAACCAAGUUUGGACUUGGCAUCUUCUCCAUCUUCUUCGAUAUUGUCUUCUUCAUCCAGCACUUCUGCUUGUACAGAAAGAAACCAGGGUAUGACCAGCUGAACUAGCACCCAGGGACCCAGUGUAAACGGCCUGGGCCCUGUGCCCACCAGGAAGGCUGGAGAAGCGGUCUGAAGUGCAGGGCUGGCUCAGUGUGCCGACAGUGGAGAAGCGCGCUCUUCCUCAGGGCCAAACGCCUUAAACAGAACCAGCCUGCCUUCAUCCAGGACUCUCCCGGGCCAGGGAGGAACCUCCCUCUGGGACAGACACCUGAUUCUGCUUUCAGAUUAAAAGCCAGAUCGCUGGUGGCCUCUCCCAGCCUCCCCAGAGGUCUUAGCCCCUCCCAGGCCUUACCAGCCAGGCAUCUGGCCCUCCUGCAUCUUGAUGCGGCCAUCUCUAUUUUCUUUAAGGCUUCAGGCAGCACACACAGCACGUCCCAGGCAGGAUUGGGCACUGAGCUUGGAGCCGAAGGCCUUGCCCCAAGCAACCAGUGUUUCUAGGAGCAGCUUGAGAGACUGACCUUGCAGCUGGGAGAGUCAAGAGUGCUUUGCUGCCACUGCUGUGUUCCAAGAGACCAAGCAACCAGGUGCCAUGGGCAGUGGACUCAGUUGCUGGUGCUGGUGCUGGUGCUGGUGGUAGAGGGGCUAGGAUUUGAGGGUUAGGUCGUGGGGUUCCUUCUCUGAAAGCCAUGUUCUCUGAGCACUCACCUUCCUGACACUCACUCUCCAUAACUCAAAUUCCAUGAUUGCAAUCACAGAUGGGCCAGACCAGGGCCUGGUAAUGAAACUAUUUCUGAGCCUUGAGAUCCCCAACAAAUUGGUUCUGAACUAGGCCUGUGCCCAACACCCUCUGGACCUUUAUCACACUAACCAGUUUGGAUUUUCUGGAGGGAUGUUUUGGAAGUAAGGGGCUCACUUUCUUCCGCUUUUUGCCUACCUUUACUUUCCUGGAGUCAGGGGCCCCAUGUGAGUCCCUCCAACUGCUCCUCAGCCUGCGUCUGGAGUGCGGGACACACACACACCAGUCCGUGCCUUAGAGGCCUGUGGGACCUGCCAGACGGUGAGAGGAGCUCCCUUGGGGCGGGGCAGGCCCCUUGCCUUGCUUUCCCCAGACUCCUACCUGAGACUCACCAAGUUUUUUGCUGGUCAAGAGCCUCAGAGGAAUUGAGACCACCUCACACAAUCCUCAUGGGCCCAACCCUCAUCCCCAACUGCCUUCUUUCCCACCCCAAGCCGCUGUCCUUCCUGUGGCAGGAGGGGAGGGUCCCAGGAUGUGCCUUGUUCAUGCCUUGAGUUUGUCAGUCCACUCAGACUUUUUCACUAGGAGACCAAUGUGAGGGGUCUAGAUCCUUAAUUAAAACCUGAUUUGUCUCCUUUCUGCC